AUGGAGAACUCAACGAUGCGAAAUGGUGCCAGGAUUCUGCCUCCUGAAGCCAUUUCGAAACGGCAUAUUGGCCCUUAUGUAAUGAAGGAGACGUUAGGAGAAGGAUCGUUUGGAAAAGUGAAGCUUGCUACGCAUUAUAAGACGCAUCAAAAAGUGGCUUUAAAGUUUAUUUCUCGUCAGUUAUUGAAGAAAAGUGAUAUGUAUAUGCGUGUAGAACGUGAAAUAUCUUAUUUGAAGCUUCUUCGACAUCCUCAUAUCAUAAAGUUAUAUGAUGUUAUUACCACGCCCACAGAUAUAGUAAUGGUCAUUGAAUAUGCUGGAGGUGAAUUAUUUGAUUACAUUGUCGAAAAGAAAAGGAUGACAGAGGAUGAAGGCCGACGAUUUUUUCAACAGAUCAUAUGUGCUAUUGAAUAUUGCCAUCGACACAAAAUUGUUCAUCGGGAUUUAAAGCCUGAAAACUUGCUUUUGGAUGACAAAUUGAAUGUGAAAAUAGCUGAUUUUGGCUUAUCGAAUAUUAUGACUGAUGGAAACUUUUUGAAAACUUCCUGCGGGAGUCCCAAUUAUGCCGCACCCGAAGUAAUCAAUGGAAAACUCUACGCUGGCCCUGAAGUUGAUGUGUGGAGUUGCGGUAUUGUUUUGUAUGUCAUGCUCGUGGGUCGCCUUCCUUUUGAUGACGAGUUCAUUCCUAAUUUGUUCAAAAAAGUAAAUAAUUGUAUUUACGUGAUGCCAGACUUCUUGUCACCAGGCGCUCAAUCUCUUAUUCGACGAAUGAUCGUUGCAGAUCCCAUGCAGCGUAUUACCAUUCAAGAAAUUCGACAAGAUCCAUGGUUUAAUAUCAAUUUACCUGACUAUUUGCGUCCUAUGGAAGGUUUUCAGGAUUCUUAUGCUGAUCCUUCAAUUGUUAGUAAGCUGGGCGAUGCUAUGGGAUAUCCUGAAGAUUACAUCUAUGAAUCCCUACGUUCUGAGAGUAACAAUGAGCUGAAAGAGGCAUAUGAAUUAUUACACGAAAAUCAAAUUAUUCAAGAAAAAAGUCACUUUUCAAAAUCAAAGAAAGUGGAUUCUUUUCUUUCUGUUUCUCCACCUGCUUUUACCGAAUAUGCUGAUGAUUUGAAUAGUUCAAAAGAGCCAGAAUAUCUUGAUCCCAUGAUUGAAGGAUCCAGGUGGUCGCAAUCAGAGCCUCCUGCCCAUCAGGAACAGACUUUAGACAGCAACAUCCGUAUUCUUGUUCCAGGUGAAAAUAAACAGCUGGUAAUGAAAACUUUGUCCGAUGCCAAUAGUGAAGCUACUUUGUCACAAACAGGAAAGAAAAAGAGCAAAAGAAAUCGUUGGCAUUUUGGCGUCCGCUGCCGUGGAGAUGCUCCCGAGAUUUUGCUUGCUGUAUAUCGUGCUCUGCAACGUGCCGGUGCUCAAUUUACAGUCCCGGUACAGCACAAUGGUAAGUACAAAUCAGACAUGUAUACGAUCAAGAGUAUCUGGGAAAUUCCUCACUGCAGGAAAGAAGGAAGAAAAGUCUAUGCAUAUGUUGAGUUACAACUUUAUGAGGUAAUGCUAGAUUGUUAUAUGUUAGACGUUAAGUCAAAUGGAUAUAAAGAUUUUUCACGACCCGGCGAUCAUGGAGCAGCUGUUCCAGAUCACGAAAUAGAUGAUUUAAAAUCCUCGUUUCCCUUUUUGGAUUUAUGUGCUACCCUCGUUUGCAAAUUGUUUUCUGCUUAA